AUGUUUUUAUUAACAAGGCACAGUGUCUUACAUAAGUGCCUCAAAAUUUUGAGGUUAACUGUAGUAGACUUUAGUAGUUUGCCCGAUAUAAAAAAGUUAAACAUUGUGAGAACAGUGGAAAAGACGAUAGAUAAUAAUACAAGCAUCUUUAUAGAGAGUCCUAUUCAUGUUAAGGUACAACCCAUAGAUGUGAAUGAUAUUAAAGCCCACAACAAACUUACAAUGACUUUGUACAGUGAAGGUAAUGAUGCAAGCGAUUUUCAAGUAAAACAGACUUCUAAACGGUUAGAACUAUUGAAUAAGAACACUUCUUCGGAUAGGAAUGACGUCUGCGUGAUCCAAGUGCCAUAUAAAUUGAAUGUUCAGGUCACAACUACUGAUAGUGCUUCAGUACAUUUAGCAAAAUUGGAAGGACCAGAAUUUGUUGUAAAAACCCAAAAAGGAAAUGUGAACGUUACAGAUAUAAAAGCCGACAAUAUUAAAGUGAAAAGUACAGAAGGUGAAAUACAAACAGGUGGUAAGCUUCAGGCCUCAAAUAUUGAAUUGAAAACCAGUCUAAACUCAGGGAUAAAAUGUCACAACAUUAUGGCUAAUUCUUUUAUAGUAAAAACACAUGCUGGUCCAAUUGCUGUUAAGUCGUGUUACAGUGAUAAAUCUCACUUUACUACCCUUAUGGGUAAUAUUCGUCUGGAUCACUUGCACAGAUCAGUAAUGAUAGAUGUAAUUAAACAGGGCAAUCUGUAUAUAACCGGUUUUUGUGGAAACUUACAAGCAUCUUUAAAAAGUGGAGAUGUGUUUAUGCAUGCAUCACAAUUGACAGACAAAAGCAGUAUAUUCAUACAUGAAAAGGGUAAGGUCGAGUUGCUUAUGCCUGAUAUUAUUAAUAAUUUGCCAGCCACCAAUUUAAUAGCUGAGAAAAUAACAGUUGAUGACAAAAUCUUGAAGCUGGGAAGGUUUAUGGAUGACUCGCAUCCAAAACGGUUUAGGUUUGAAAGAGAUUCACCCAGUGAAUUGCAUAUAGUAUGUAGGAAUGGUACCAUUGAACUGAAAGAGACAAAUUUACCUUUUAUUGUAUAA